AUGUCUUCAGAUGAAGGCGUCGGGAAUGAGCUGUACGUUGUCAUGCUCGGAUCGCCACAGAAAAGCAUUUUGUUCGAAAAACUCUGCCAAGCUGCGAGUAAGUACGAGCGCCAUGUUCACUAUCAAGAUGUUCACUACCUUACUGUUGACUGUGACGGCAAAGAAGAGCUGUUGGAGUUCACCGAUCCUGGUCUCGCUCGCACUGGUGGACGAGAAAUGGCCAUAAGACGUGCUGAUCUCGCCCUGCUUUUCUAUUCAGCCCUUUCGAUUACCUCGCUUCACAACUUGCAAGCACUUAAGGAAGAUUUGGAAAUGAAAUCGAAU